AGAUUUGACCUUUUAUUUUCCACAGUGAAAAGCAGACGUCUGUUUAUAGCAUGUUAUGUAGGAGAAAUGUCAUGGAACACAGACAUGCCAAAAAUGGAUGAAACAGCAUUUACAGUAUUGCCUUGAGAAUGGAUGUUAUAGUUGAUGUCUAAUGGGACUAAAGUACUAGAAUUAAAGUAGCAAGUAAAAAAGAGAUCAAAACUAAAAGGAAAUAAAUCUUAAAGAGUUGGAAGGCACAUCAGUUAUAGAUGCAGUAGAAUUAUAGAACCUCAAAAAAUAUUUCAACAGAGAAACAAGGUGAAAACAGAAUUCUUAAAAAGUUAUAUAGAGAAUUCAGAAAUAUCUUUUGUCAAGAUGGAAAAUGGUAUCCAUGACGAUCAGACACCUGAUAAUGAUAAGACUGAAAACCUGACAGUGGCUGAUGAAGUCAGUGUUAAAACAGGGGAUGCAACUGGUGGUAAAAGUGAACAAAAUAAUGCUGAAGAAGAUGAUGACAAAAAAGGGGAGAUAAAUGGGGAAGAUAGGGUUUCCAUACCAGACUACACUCCUCCCCAAUCAGCUGAUGCCUCAUUUUCAACAGAUGCAAAUGAUGUUGAAGAUAAUAAGAAGUUGGAUAAUGAUCCAUCUAAAGACCAAACAUCAAAGGAUGCAAAUGGAACAGAUGAAUUCCCAGUAAGACCAACUACUAGUGAAGAAGUUACAAGGCCAACCAACACUGCAGAUGACACCAAUGAAAUGUCAGGUCAGAGGUCAAGGUCAGGAAGUGAUAGCCAAGUUCCUGCUCCUGUCAAGAAAUCUGAAGACCCUGAUAGACCAGACUCCUCGUCAAGUGAAGAAACGGGUUCAUGGAUAUCAAGCUCAUCAAGUGACAAGUCAGAAAAGAAAUCAGAAGCUCAGACGAAGGAAGGUAAACAGAUUGUUGAAGGAAGUGAUGACCAGUUAGCAACAAGUAGUCCUCAAGACAACAACCAGGGAUUAGUUAAUAUAAGUGAAGAACAAAAGGUCGAGCAAAGCCAAGAAAACCAGGAGGAUACUAAAGAGAAACAAGAAACCAGUUCAACAAACAAUAUGAGUUCAGAGGAGAAAACUAUUGAGCCUGUUGAAACUGUCCCUGAAACACAGAAGACAGAUGAUGUAGAACCAAAAAAAGAUGAUGUAGAACCAAAGACAGAGGAAAAUGAGAAUAAGAAUGAAACUAAUGAUGAAAAGAAGGACGAAGAAGUAACUAAGCAGGAAGAAACAAAAGAACCAGAAAAAGAUGCAGCUGCUGAGGAGGAGCAAAACAGACUAGAAGAAGAGAAAAAGGAAGAGGAAAGAAAGAAAUUAGCAGAGGAGGAAGAAAGGCGUCUUUUAGAUGCUAAAUUGGCUGAGGAGGAAGCCUCUAAAAAGAAGGCUGAAGAAGAAGAGGAGACAAAACGUCAUGCAGAAGAGGAGGCAAAACUUCAGGCAGAGGAGGAAGCAAGGAAACAAGCUGAAGAGGAAGAGCAGAGGAAGAAUGCACUUCUGAAUCAACAGGAAUCUAAAGAUGCCAUGCAACAAUUGAUUGACGACAACACUAGAUUGGCUGAUGAUGCUAAGACCGCUAAAGAGGAACUUCAACAAGUCACAGAGAAGCAUAAAGUAGUAGAGACAGAAUUAAGUGAAUUAAAGAAAGAAAAUGAUGAAAAUAAGGUUCAAGUGAAAAAUUUACAUGAAGAACUAGAGAAAUUAAAAAAGCAAACUCCAGGUACGACAGAAAAUGAAGAUAAUGAUGCCCAAAUUAGAGACUUGCAAUUGAAAUUAAAACAAAUUGCUCAUGAAGAUGAAGAAAAGGAAAAGAAAAUACAAGAAUUAAGUAAAGAUCUUCAUCAACUGAAAGUAGAAUUACGUCAGAAAAGUGCAGGACACUCUAAUGAUAGAAAUGCAGCUGAUAAUCCCAAGUCAAAAUCUUGUGUUAUUUUGUAAAUCCAUAUUUAGGAUAAAGAGAACCAUGAAUGAUAUUUCUGAAAUCUGUGAUAGGUUAAAUUUGUGAAACCAACUAAGUCUUUGGUGCAUAUUUAUCUCAAAGUAAGUGUAUAUUGUAUAAAUGUAAAUUACCAUUUAAAUUAUUGUACUCUCAUUUUUUUUUUCAAUUUUCCCUGUAAAUAGAUUUAAUUUACAAGAAAUAAUUUUCAGACUUAAUCUCAAUAAAAUCUAUUAUUCAUUUUUCAUGAUUUAUUUGAUUAAAAAGAAAAGGGUACUAAAACGAUUCUAAACACUUUGUGAGCUUUUUUUGUGAAAUUGUUUAAUAUGUAAAUUACUUUUAUUUAUUUGUAUAGAAGAAUGUAGACUCCUUUUAAGUGCAAUCAAAUUGAUAAACAAAACUAAUUUAUGUAUAGAUAUGUAAAUUACCCCUAAUUUGUCCAAAAGUUCUUGACUUUACAUGUUUGUACAUACUAAUUUUAAUAUUCAUUUACUAACCAAUAUUUAAUUGAAUAUGAGGGUCAAUACUGGAAUAUGAUUAAGAAAGCAGUUUUCACUGAGAAUAUAUAUUUUCCCUAAUUGAUGAAACUAUUAAGUUUAGGACAUAUGUUUCAAAUACACGUUAUUAUAAUUAUCCAGAAAAGAAUAGAUAAUAUGACUCCUGAAUCUAAACCUAUUAAAAUAAUUUUAUUGUGAUGGGGUCAUUUUCAUCAGUGAAGAAAUCAAGUAUAAAUUCUAAGUAAAAAAAUAAUAUGGUAAAAAAGGGGGGUACAAGAACUUUUUAUAUUGAAUAUUCCUUUAAGGCCCUACCUAGAAAUAGUCAUCAGGCUUAAGGUAUAAAAAAAAUAUUUAUGACUAAUAUAGAAUUUGUACUAAUGCAAAAUCUGAAGUGAUGUUAGCUUAAUCAUAUUUUUAUGCUCUGUGUAUGGGCAUUAUGUUUUCUGGUCUGUGUGUCCACUCGUCCAUCUAUCCUCCUGUCCUGCUUCAGGUUUAAGUCUUUGGUCAUGGUAGUUUUUGAUGAAGUUGAAGUCCUAUCAACUUGAAACUUAGUACACAUGUUUCUAAUGAUAUGAUCCUUCUAAUUUAAAUGCCAAAUUAGUGUUUUGACCCCAAUUUCACUACCCACUUAACAUAGAAAAUAAUAGCAUUAUAGGGGGCAUCCAUGUACUGUGGACACAUUCUUGUUUAAUCAUACUUUGAUGACCCCAGUAGACCCCUACUGGAUGAUACCAGAAGUUUGUUUGUAGCUAAGCACCCAGUGUUUAUAAUAGUUUACUUUUACCUUUAUAAGAAUGGACAUUUAAUUAAUCUGAUAGCCUUUAAUCUACUUUGAUUAUAUGUAUGAAAGUCGUGAUAAGAAAGUGUAAAAAUUAUUUUAUCUUAUAGCAAACUUUAUAAUUUAUUUUAAGGAUUUUCAGUCAAUACCAAAGUUAAAUGUCCUGAUUGAAUUUUUUAGUUCUAUUUAUUGACUGUUAUGUAAUUUAUUGAUAACAUUCUAUUUAGUCACAGAGGUAGUUUAUUUGUACUGCAUAAAUUAUUAUUGACUUAUCAUGUGCAAUUUAGAUUAGGGGAAGGGGGAAUAACUCAAAAUAAUCAUGAACUUAUUGUGGCAAGAUAAGCCCAAAAGACCAAUAGGAAGGAAUUGCAUGGUGCUUUUCUUAGAUAAAAGAGAGUCAAAGUUCUAGGGAACAAUAUCAUGUUAUUACAGAGUGUUAUUUUUAUCAAUAGUAAUGUUCAUUCUAAAGAUAUGAAAUUUUCAUUAUGAAUUAGCUGAAUAUGAAAGAGAGGACAUUUUUUGGGACGCCAGGAUUGGAGUUUUUAUGCUUUAAAGCUAGGGAUUUCGGGAUUGACUCCUUUAGGAUCCAGGAUUUCUUUUUUGAAUUUCAGGAUGUCAGGAUAGAAUUCUUUUAAAAUAUAGGACCUUGGGGUUUCAUGGUUUUUUUUAAAGAUGGGAUUUCGGGAUCACGACCACUCCGACCCCCUUCAUGAAUAAUAAGACAAUUUUAUUUGAAAAGAAUGCACUUUUUGUUCUCUUGACAUGUUUAUAUUUUUUCCAUAAAGCAUUUACUUUUUUCUAGUCAAACAGUCCAAAUAAUGCAUUUGUACUUUUGGGGAAUGAAAAUUGUGAUGUAUUUUUAUUUUUGUCAUUUGUAAUUUCCCAUAAUCUUAUUUUCAAUCUUUCGAAAGAAAUUUUGAUACAUAAUUUAGUCUAAUUACUUAUGAUACAAUGUAUUGUAAAGUUGAAGUAAUUAGUGUUGUUCUCCAAAGGAACUUAAGAUUUUUCUUCGCAAUAUAUCAGUAUGAUUUUGUGAAUCCGUCCAUGAACUUUUUUGUUUUAAAUCAUUUAUAAUAGAUUUCAGUAUAAUUUACACACAAUGCCAAAACUAGUAUUAGAAAAACAUAUAUAACAAUAAUAUGUAUGUUGAAUAUAACUAUUUUUUCUAGAUGAAGUUUCAGGUUUUGGAAUUUAUUUAUAAUUUAUCUGUAAUUGUUACAAAGUACAUGUAGCUUUAUAAAACUUGUUAUCGUCAAUUUGUUUGACU